ACAACAUGAGAGAUUUAAUGUCCAGCAUUUCCUUUUAAACUCAUUUAUCUUUCUCCCUCCCUCUGCACUCUCACACCACCGCACCCUCACAUUUUAUUUGACAGCACUGCUUUAGUGCCUUCAAUAAAAAAGCCUUGUCCAGUGAGGCAAAUACAAGCACCUUAUGAGGUGUCACCAGCUUUUGAGUGCAGCCUUUGUCCUUUGCUGCUCUUUACAGAUGACACAGGAGCCCUUGCUGUUGCUGCAGCUUGAUUGACUCAAAGCUGGGACACAUGGCAUUUGUUAUCUUUUUGAUCCCCUGCUUCAUGGUCGGAAGCGACCUCGCUCUCUCCUGCCAGAAUGCUGACGACUUUGUGGGUGCCAGUUCUCCGGGGGACAUCGUCAUUGGAGGCUUGUUUUCAGUUCACAGCGAAAUGCUGCAUCCAGAAGAAGAUCCCAUCAAGCCAGUAAUUCAGAAUUGUGCUGGCUUUGAAAUUCAAGUUUUUCUUCAGACACUUGCAAUGAUACACGCUAUUGAAACCAUCAACAACUCAACGCUGUUGUCUGGAGUUACCCUGGGCUAUGAAAUCUACGACACGUGUGCAGAAGUUACAAAAGCCAUGGCAUCUGCCCUGAGAUUUCUGUCUAAAUUCAACUCUUCUGAGGAUGCUGUGGAGUUCAAGUGCAACUACUCAGACUACAUCCCGAGUGUCAAGGCAGUCAUUGGAGCCAGCUACUCAGAGGUGUCCAUGGCAGUGUCAAGGCUGUUGGCUUUGCAAUUAAUCCCACAGGAAGUAAUUCUGACCUCCAACGCCACCACAGGAACUGUAGUCAGUCCUGCAUCAUCAGCUGAAAUCCUCAGUGACAAAAUCAGGUUUCCUUCUUUCUUCAGGACUAUCCCCAGUGAUUUUCACCAGACAAGAGCAAUGACUCGCUUGAUCUGUGAAUCUGGGUGGAACUGGAUUGGAGUAAUAGCCACUGAUGAUGACAAUGGGAGGUUCGCUCUGGAGAGCUUUGGCGUCCAGGCCAUGGCAAACAACGUUUGCAUAGCCUUUAAAGAGAUGCUGCCAGCCUAUCUCUCUGACAGCACCUUUCACACCAAAGUUGAUCAAGCAAUUGAGAAUAUUGUCAAAGAAAAAAGAGUAAACGUUAUUGUUGUCUUUAUGAGACAGUUUCAUGUGCUCAAACUAUUCAAGAAGGCAAUUGAGAGGAACGUUAAUAAAAUCUGGAUUGCGAGUGAUAACUGGUCAGCUGCAGUCAAGAUCAGUACAAUGCCCAAUAUCAGACAGCUGGGAACAGUUGUGGGAUUUGGAUUUAAAAAUGGAGACAUCUCCUCAUUCCAAGAGUUUUUGAGAAACCUUCAUAAAAAGCCGACUGAAAACAACAAGUUUUUACGUGAAUAUAUUAUGCUUUUGUCAGUCUGUGCACACCUGGAAUAUCAUGACUUUCAAAGGUGCAUUGCAAACCAGUCCCAGGAUAAUCUAUUGGAAAAUGAUGGGAGUAAGCCUCAUAUCUGGAGAGAUGAUUUUUUGAAUGCUAAUGUUGAACCAGGAUUUAUCCAUAGUACUAUGCUUGCAGUCUAUGCUAUAGCUCACGCCAUUAAAGGGCUGUGCAAAGACAGAGACUGCAAGGAUCCAUCUGCCUUCACUCCCUGGGAGCUCCUUGAAGAACUUAAAAGAGUUGUAGUCAUUGAUGGUGAUAAGGAAGUCAAAUUUGACUCCCAUGGCGAUAUGAGCACCAGUUAUGAUGUUCUUCUUUGGAAAGAAAUUGAUGGCCACAUGGAAAUCACCACUAUGGCAGAAUAUGAUGCUGAGAAAGGUGGCUUUAUCUUUGAGGAUGAAGAGAAAAAAAAAGACUUUCUGGCUCUAAAGAAGGUUCAGUCAACAUGCUCCCAGCCCUGCAGUCCAGGCCAGGUGAAAAAGGUUACAGAAAGUCCACACACAUGCUGCUAUGAGUGUAUUUACUGCCCAGAAAACCAUUACAGCAACCAAACAGAUAUGGAUUACUGCUACCGAUGCAACAACAAAACCUACUGGGCUCCCGUCAACAGCAGCACGUGCUACAGGAAGACAAUCUAUUUCCUUGCCUGGACUGACUGGUUUGCUAUCUUCCUCCUCCUCCUCUCUGCUUUUGGGGUUGUGUUGGUCUUGUCCAUUUGUGUAAUAUUUACCAAAAACUUGGACACACCAGUAGUAAAGGCAUCUGGUGGUCUGACUGUCUGCUACAUUAUUCUCUUCAGCCACUUCUUAAUUUUUUUAAGCACUGUCUUCUUCAUAGAUAUACCCACAGAAUUCAAAUGUAAAACUAGGCAAACACUCUUUGGUAUAAGUUUUACACUCUGCAUUUCAUGUAUUUUAAUAAAGUCACUAAAAAUUUUACUAGCUUUCAGCUUUGAUCCCAAGCUUCAAAAUUUCCUGAAAUGCAUGUAUAAACCUAUUCCCACUGUGGUCACUUGCACUGGAAUUCAAGUUAUCAUUUGCACUUUCUGGCUUAUAUUUAGAACACCUUUUGUAAAUCAAAAUUUCUCAAUCCCAAGAGCAAUAAUUCUAGAAUGCAAUGAGGGAUCUAUUGUAGCUUUUGGGAUUAUGUUGGGCUACAUCGCUGCCCUAGCAUUUAUUUGCUUCAUAUUUGCCUUCAAAGGUAGGAAAUUGCCAGAGAAUUACAAUGAAGCUAAAUUCAUCACUUUUGGCAUGCUAAUUUACUUUAUAGCAUGGAUUGUAUUUAUCCCUGUCUACGCAACCACAUUUGGCAAAUACUUGCCAGCAGUGGAAAUCAUCGUUGUUUUAAUAUCUAAUUAUGGAAUCCUCUGCUGCACUUUUCUACCAAAAUGCUAUAUCAUCAUUUACAAGCAAGAAACAAACACAAAAUCUGCCUUUCUCAAAAUGGUUUACACGUACUCCUCUAAGAGUGCAGGCAGCGUUGCUGUUAGUCAGGCUUCUCUAGAUUCAAAAUCUUCCAGCUUCCGAGCCAUUGUCACAGACUCGUGUAAAACUGAGAAUGACUCUGUGAAUGGAAACUGCCAUUUCCAAGUGCCUGGGCAGUCACUAAUAAAAGGAAAAGUUCUUCCUCAAAAUGCUGCAAGGACUAUGGUCAGGAAGAGAGUCUCCAGCAUAUGACUGGACAAUGUUAAAAUACCAGAAGUUAAAAAGCCAUUUUAGGGAGCCAUUUGUCUUUCAGAUCUCUUUCUUUUUGCUGUCUGCAAGGAGGGCAGGCCAUGUUAAACACCUUUUCCUGUACUUAGGCGGUUAUCCAUUACCAGAUUUGAAAGGCUUUCCUGACUCACAGAGUCCAUCCCUUGCUCCUGCAAACUCACUGAUGUGCAGUCCCUUUCAGCAGCUCCCUUCCUUCCCCACCCAGCCUGCUUAGACCUGUGGGAACCUAUUCUGCAACCUCCCUUCCUCAAGUGAGGCAGAAGCAUCACAAAAAUAUUAUUUCUCACAGUCAUGUAAGUGGGACCACAUGAGUUUCCCCACUUCUUUCGCCUCUUUGAUGCUCAGUUGUUUAAGGAGCUCUUCUUCUCAUCUUGGCCCCAUUUUACAGAUCAAAGAGAACCUUGUCCCCAGCCUUUGUUUGCCGAGAUAAACAAGUCCAGUCCUUUAGUCUCCACUUUUAAGAUAGGCUUUCAAGUCUUCUGAACUUCCAAAAGUAACUCUUUUCAUCUGGUAUAAAUGAAUCUUUUUUUGUCCUCCCCAAAAUUGCACGACUUAUUCCAGAUGAGUGCUGUAGUAACAUUUAAGUUUUCUUGUAUUUACCUUCAUGGUAAUGAACUAGAGACAGAGCUGUAAAGAAAUUAGAGAGUUCUGCUGGAGCUCUGUAGUUAUACAUAUGUUCAUCUGCCUUUUUUCCCCAUACUCAGGAGAGACACAUUGAUUCACCUCAUGCACCUCCACUGAUGCACGAGGAGAGUGAGCCCCAGGUGUCCUUUUAUUUGAGAGUGUAAAGUCAAUGUGUAAUGUCAAAACUUAAAACCACCAAUUGAUUCCUCUCAUUAGCAUAAAUAAUGUAAUGACCAGUAUCAGCAUGAGGGCAUCCUGGAAAAUUUAUGGGAGUUGACAUAUAUUUUAAUAAAUGUGAUUUUCAACAAGAACAUGACAAUGCACUGUUAGGAUACACAGCAAUACCACAAGGAUGACCUGGCAUGAUCUGCACUGAAUGAGACUCUGCUCUGUAGCUCCUUGAGCACAGUUGUGCUGCGCCUUCUGUAUGACAGGGAAAGGGCACACUCAGAGGAGGAAGAAUUUUUCUGUCAGGAUAAUGGUACCACAGAGCUUUUUCAGACAGAGCUUAAACAGCAGAACUACAUUGUUGAUACAGGAGCAGGAAAAUACUUUUCCAUAUUCAUAAAGCCCAGAACAUAGAAACUUUGCUACUUAAGUUCUGUGCCAUGUUGCUAUAAAAUAAUACUAAAUCCUUUUUAUUGUGAAUCUAUUAAGGUAUUUUAAAGUCAUUUGAAAGGCAAGAGUGCAAUUCACAUAUGGACUUGUGUAAAUAUGUAUGUUCUGUUGCUAAUUGUAGGAAUGAAGGUUUAUGUGUAUAUAUUUGUAUGCUGAAUGCUAUUUAUACUUCAGUUGUUGCAAAUACUUUUCUGCAUAUGAGUUUAUGUAUGAUAAGGUUAAAAUGCCUGCAGUGUGAAGUCUUCCCCUAAAAGAGAGAAGCAAAGCUUACAGUGCACAACUGUCAGCAAAUAGCUGGUUAGAAAAGUUAAUUUGGCUGGAAUGUUGUACCUGUAUUUACUGUUUUCAAAAGUGUUGAGUGUAGCAUGCCUUGAAGCUGUAUGAAAGGGAAUGAUUAAAGCCAUAUUGAUGUUUAAAA